AGGAGGAGCCAGGGGCGCUGCGCUUGGGCUUGUGCCCGGCCCUGGCCAUCAGCCGCCAGCCAGUAGCGCUUUGCUCCGCUGAUGCUCGAGUGCGAGCAUCAGGGUUUUAAGCACGCCUCGCAGCGGCGCCCACUGACCGCCUCCUCCCGGACCCUAAUGCGUGCCAUCCUCCGACCCACGUCUCCUCCGCCGGCCAGGACCUGUGGGAGGAGGCCGACCCUCCCCAGCACACAGGCGGGCUCAGGGCGCGCCUAGCGUCUCCACUGCGCGCCCCACUGGGGAGCGGGCGCUGCGUACUCGGGUCCUAGGCCCAGAGGGCGGGCUCGGCUCCCGGAAGAGGAGAGAGAGAGGGUGGCUGAAGGGGCCGGAGAGGGGCGGGCCAGGCUGGGAGGGACGAGAGGGGGCGGGCCCCGCUGCGUUCGCCUAGCCGGCACUCGGGAGCAGCGGGCGUCUGAACCCCAGACCAGAGCUCGGCGACUCCGUGACACUGGCCCCGGCACGAUUCUUCGGGGCUCCGCCUCGGGAGCAGCCCCUGCCUGCAGCCUCGGGUCCUCCCCAGAAUCCCAGACUCCAAGCUACAAGCAGACGCGGGCCGCGGGGAAACGAGGUCCCCAGACCUGAGAGGACACGCACGACGCUGGGAGAGAUCUGCUAGCUGCAGGGCCACCACGGGGGCCUCAGGGGCGCAGACUGCAGAGCUGGAGGCCGGCAGGAAGGUUGGCUGCUGGAGGAAAGGUGCAGAGUAAAUGAAGAGAACAAACUGGAAUAAGUCCUUCCAGACCAAAAGGGAAGCAAACUUGGCUGCAGACCCCGAGUCUUGCGAAAGCUGCAGCCCCGCCUCAGAGCAGGGUGGCAGCCGAGGCAAUGGUGGGGGUUCUGAAGAUACCUCAUGGCUACUGAGGACACUGCUGGGUCAGGGAGCAGAGUGGCGGGCAUGGUGUGCAGUCUGUGGGUCCUGGUUCUGGGGCCCUCGGUUCUGGCUCUGGAAGAAGUACUGCUGGAUACCACAGGAGAGACCUCUGAGAUUGGCUGGCUCACCUACCCACCAGGUGGGUGGGACGAGGUGAGUGUUCUAGAUGACCAGCGCCGUCUGACUCGGACCUUCGAAGCAUGCCACGUGGCAGGGGUCGCUCCAAGUGCUGGACAGGACAAUUGGCUGCAGACACACUUUGUGGAGCGGCGAGGGGCCCAGAGGGCACACAUCCGCCUUCACUUCUCUGUACGAGCAUGUUCCAGCCUGGGUGUCAGUGGGGGUACCUGCCGGGAGACCUUCACCCUUUACUACCGGCAGGCUGAGGAGCCUGACGGCCCCGACAGCGUUUCAACCUGGCACCUCAAACGCUGGACCAAAGUGGACACAAUUGCAGCAGAUGAGAGCUUCCCUGCCGCCUCCUCCUCCUCCUCCUCUUCCUCAUGGGCCGUGGGACCCCACAGGACUGGUCAGCGGGUGGGGCUGCAGCUAAAUGUCAAAGAACGCAGCUUUGGUCCUCUCACUCAGCGCGGCUUCUAUGUGGCCUUCCAGGACACAGGGGCCUGCCUGGCCCUUGUGGCAGUCAAGCUCUUCUCCUACACCUGUCCCUCUGUCCUGCGGGCCUUUGCCUCCUUUCCUGAGACGCAGGCCAGUGGAGCUGGAGGCGCCUCCCUGGUGGCAGCCUUGGGGACCUGUGUUGCUCAUUCAGAACCAGAGGAGGAUGGAGUUGGAGGCCAGGCAGGGGGCAGCCCCCCACGGUUACACUGCAAUGGGGAAGGCAGGUGGAUGGUAGCUGUGGGAGGCUGCCGCUGCCAGCCUGGUCACCAGCCUGCUCGUGGAGACAAGCUCUGCCAAGCCUGCCCCGAAGGGUCCUAUAAGGCCAUGGCUGGGAAUGUCCCCUGCUCAGCAUGUCCGGCUCGUAGCCACUCCCCUGACCCUGCAGCCCCGGUAUGCCCUUGUCUCCAGGGCUUCUACAGGGCCAGUUCCGACCCCCCAGAGGCUCCAUGCACUGGCCCUCCGUCUGCUCCCAGGGAGCUUUGGUUUGAGGUGCAAGGCUCAGCCCUCAUGCUGCACUGGCGCUUGCCUCACGAGCUAGGCGGAAGAGGGGACCUGCUCUUCAAUGUUGUGUGCAAAGAGUGUGGAGGCCACCGGGAGCCCAGCAGUGGGGGGACCUGUCGCCGCUGCAGGGAUGAGGUGCAUUUCGACCCCCGCCAGAGGGGCCUGACAGAGAGCCGAGUGUUAGUUGGGGGGCUUCGAGCACAUGUGCCAUACAUCUUGGAAGUGCAGGCUGUCAAUGGGGUGUCUGAGCUGAGCCCCGACCCUCCCCAGGCAGCAGCCAUCAAUGUCAGCACCAGCCAUGAAGUCCCUUCUGCAGUUCCUGUGAUGCACCAGGUGAGCCGGGCAGCCAACAGCAUCACAGUGUCCUGGCCACAGCCUGAGCAAACAAAUGGGAACAUCCUCGACUACCAGCUGCGAUACUAUGACCAGGCAGAAGACGAAUCCCACUCCUUCACCAUGACCAGUGAGACUAACACUGCCACUGUGACACGGUUGAGCCCUGGCCACAUCUAUGGCUUCCAGGUGCGGGCACGGACUGCAGCCGGCCAUGGCCCCUAUGGGGGCAAAGUCUAUUUCCAGACCCUGCCUCAAGGUGAGCUGCCCUCCCAGCUUCCAGAGAAGCUGUCCUUGGUGAUUGGGUCCAUCCUGGGGGCCUUGGCCUUCCUUCUACUGGCAGCCAUCACUGUACUGGCUGUCAUCUUCCAGCGGAAACGGCGUGGGACUGGCUACACAGAACAGCUGCAGCAGUACAGCAGCCCAGGGCUUGGAGUGAAGUAUUACAUUGACCCUUCCACAUAUGAGGACCCCUGCCAGGCUAUCAGAGAGCUUGCUCGGGAAGUUGAUCCUACAUAUAUCAAGAUUGAGGAAGUCAUUGGGGCAGGUUCCUUUGGAGAAGUGCGUCGGGGCCGAUUACAACCCAGGGGAAGGCGGGGGGAACAGGCUGUGGCUAUCCAGGCCCUGUGGGCAGGAGGUGCUGAGAGCCUGAAGAUGACCUUUCUAGGCCGAGCAGCACUGCUGGGCCAGUUCCAGCACCCCAAUAUCCUACGGCUGGAAGGUGUAGUCACCAAGAGCCGGCCUGUCAUGGUGCUGACGGAACUCAUGGAGCUCGGUCCCCUGGACAGCUUCCUUAGGCAGCGGGAGGGUCAGUUCAGUAGCCUGCAGCUGGUGGCCAUGCAGCGGGGUGUGGCUGCUGCCAUGCAGUACCUGUCCAGCUUUGCCUUUGUGCAUCGAGCACUCUCUGCCCGAAGUGUGCUGGUGAACAGCCACCUGGUGUGCAAGGUGGCCCGACUUGGCCACAGUCCUCAGGGUUCGAGCUCCUUGCUUCGCUGGGCAGCCCCAGAGGUCAUUACACAUGGGAAGUACACAACAUCCAGCGAUGUCUGGAGCUUUGGAAUACUUAUGUGGGAAGUGAUGAGCUACGGAGAACGGCCCUACUGGGACAUGAGUGAGCAGGAGGUACUAAAUGCAAUAGAGCAAGAGUUCCGCCUGCCUCCACCUCCAGGGUGCCCCACUGGACUACAUCUGCUGAUGUUAGACACUUGGCAGAAGGACCGUGCCCGCCGGCCUCACUUUGACCAGCUUGUGGCUGCAUUUGACAAGAUGAUCCGAAAGCCAGACACCCUACAGGCUGAAGGGGGCUCCGGGGACAGGCCUUCCCAGGCUCUCCUGAACCCUGUGGCCUUGGCCUUUCCUUGCCUGGACUCUCCCCAGGCCUGGCUCUCAGCCAUUGGACUAGAGUGUUACAAGGACAACUUCUCCAAGUUCGGCCUUUCCACCUUCAGUGAUGUGGCUCAGCUCAGCCUAGAAGACCUGCCAGGUCUGGGCAUCACCCUGGCUGGCCACCAGAAGAAACUACUGCACAACAUCCAGCUCCUCCAGCAGCACCUGAGGCGGCCAGGCUCAGUGGAGGUGUAAAGCCUGGUCAGGAAUCUGUGAGCCGCUGAAGCCCCAACCCAGUCCUGGACAUAGGGUGGAGGAAGUACAUGUGAGACUGAGCCAGGCUUUCUUCUGGCCUCCAUGCCUGCCGCAUUAAACCCAGCCCACUGGACACUGCAUCCCCAAAUCCUGCCCUUCCAACAGCCUCCCCCAUAUUAAAGGGAAAGAAGGGAAUUUACAAGUU